GGAGGUAGUCAAUUGAACAUUGAAAUAAAGUUUGAUAAACUGCAUGCGCAUAGAGGGUGAUCACUUUUACAUCUGGGGUCAUUUCCUUGUUCCAGGAGAAAAAAAACGCACUCUUCCAGUUUUGCACCUUGGCGCUCUCCUUAUAUACAGGCCAUAAUAAUUUACUAAAAAUCUGUCGAGACCGCCCCCGCCAAGCUGGCAAAUGAGGUUUCAUUUCUCCUACAUAGGAUAGUCAUUUGCAGCAUAACGUUACGCAUCAAGCGGCAGUCACACCAUGAAACCAACUGAAGUCGAGAAUAGUAUCGUCACUGCCGAACCUGGAAUCGUAAAUGUUUUGUUUAGUGUGGCUGAGUUAAGCUGGGUGACUGUAUAUUCGUCGGCAUCGAGCGGAAGGCUGAACUCACAUCCGGGAGUGGGAAUCAAAGUUCGAGAGGAGAAGAAGCAAAACCAACAUUUCUUAUCAAUGCACUUCGUCUUCUCUCUCACUUCUGCCUCAAUAAUCUGGAAGGUAUAGAUGAAGGAGUAUCAUUUGAUGUUUCAUUUGAUGUUAAGCAGUCUAAAUUGUUUGCAUACACGAUGGCGAUCAAGUGUUUGCUGUUGCUCAUUUUUCUUUCCGACGUCGUUCAAUCCAUCGACUACAAUGGACGUCGAUCUUACGAUGAGGAUGAUGAGUUGAGCGAUUAUGAUGAAUGGUCGUUUGUCAACUGGCCGACAUCGUCGCCGUCGGCGAUGCCCAUGGAUGCAACAGAUGUGUGUGAUUUCCAGAAAUGGCAGAAAUUCGUAAAUUGCAGCGAACGAAAUCUCACCGCAGUGCCGUAUAAUAUCCCAGCCGACACACAAAUUCUUCAUCUUGGGUUUAAUCCUCUCUUUCGACUGCGAAAUGAUAGUUUUACCAAUCUCACGCAGCUAAGGGAACUGUACGUCGAAUCAGCUGAACUUACAAAUAUUGAGAGUUCUGUGUUUGUGGAUCUGGGUGAGUUAGAGAUCCUUGAUCUCCAUGGAAACUCAUUUUCCGAUCUACCAGGUGAUCUGUUCGUCAACAACUCUAAUCUGAUCGAGCUCAACCUUGGUCUCAACCGUUUCGAUUCGAUUCCUUGCGAGACACUCAUGCCUUUGACUCGCCUGAGGAAGCUCUUGCUUUUCUGGAAUAACAUCAACAGGCCAUACUGCGAACAAUUUCCUAACCUCGCGAGCGGGGCCAUUGUUAGCCUCAGUAGAAAUAAUAUUCCCGUUAUGAGACGGGGUAAUUUUCAGUUUCUGGAAAAUUGUACGCUAUCCGGUUUGUAUCUUGGAGGGAAUAGAAUUACUGCGAUUGAUUACAGAGCUGUAGUUUCUUUAAAAACACAAGCAUUGGAUAUGAGUUAUAAUCCGUUAAGUGAGAUCGGCAUAGCAAGCUUAUUUUAUGGUUUUCGGAUGAAUGACAUGUUACGAUCGAUGGAGUUACGAUCAUCUUUGAUUAAUUCAAACGAUCCUUCAACUUUUAUAUUUCUAAAGAAUAAAACGAUAGACUAUUUUGGGGUAUCUUCAAAUAAAUUUACUUCUAUACCACUUUGGUCGAAUUUUCUAAAUCGUGUAAGAAACUUGUCACUGGCCGACAAUUCCAUCUUUCGAAUAAGCAACAGGGUUUUUCUCGAAAUGACUGCACUUGAGGAAAUUAAUUUGGAAAAUAACCAAAUACUACGACUGGAAACGUUGACUAAUGAAACCCGAUGGAAUGCAACUCAGCUGCGCACUUUCAAACUGGCGCAAAACCGUUUGGAUAAUAUCCCAGACAACGUUUUUCUUGGUUUAGAGAAUUUGACAUCACUAGACCUACACUCGAACCCAAUCACUUACUUAACCGUCGAGUCUUUGAACGGUUUGCAACAACUUGAAACCUUGGAUCUGUCUGAAACAAGAUUGACAAGUAUUGCCAGUGGAACGUUCCAAUUCGUCCCUAAUCUUAAAAUCCUUAAUUUUCGAAAUGCAGACUUGCGCCAAGCAAAUCCUCGAUAUUUUCUUAUUGAUAUACCAAAUCUAGAAAGCAUAGAUCUCUCUGGCAAUAGCCUUCAGACAUUAGAUUUGUGGAAUGAAUAUUUUCAGGUUUCUAUCUUCUCUGGAAAUACACGCCUGAAAGAAAUUCGACUUGACAACAAUCCAUUUAUUGUUGAUAUCCCCGCCAGAACGUUUGAGAACUUAACAUCUUUGUCAAUUCUGUCUCUAAAUGUUUGUGGAUUAAAGUCAAUUCAAGCAAAUAUUUUCACCACUUUAGUCAAUUUAACUUCACUUUCGCUCAACAUGAAUACCAUUUCACAAUUGCCUACGAAUCUUUUAUGGAAUCUUAAAAGUUUAGAAACAUUCUCCGCCGCUGAGAAUUCAUUCACAACCCUCGAUAGUUCUAUUUUCAAACACACACUUUCUUUGCGUUAUAUAUCUCUUCCUAACAAUGCGAUAACAUUUAUAGCAGGCGACUCCAUGUCGCAUCUUUCUGAGCUGAGGACGUUUGAUCUCCAUGGCAACCCGAUUGCCUGUACUUGCGCAUUGGAGCCUUUCUCUGAUUGGUUGAAAGUAACUAAUGCCUCGUUGAUCGGCGAAGAGCGCACUCUUUGUUCACCCUCAUCAUUUGAGGGUGUCGUAGGAAAAUCAAUCCUUGACUUCGAACCAACUACCUUCUGUGGACCCAAUAUUGCUCUUCUGGUGAGCAUUCCAGCUCUCGUCGUCGUUCUCAUAGUAAGCGUGGCUUUAUCGUUUCAGUACCGGUAUUGGAUCCGAUAUAAGUUAUUCAUGCUCAAAUUGUCCUUGUUUGGAUACAGACGAUACGAAGAGCGCGACGUCGACGAUUACGAGUAUCACAUCAAUGUCAUGUUUGCCGCCGACGACCAGCCGUGGGUCGAUGACUAUCUCAAACCCAUCAUCAUGGGUCAUUUUCCAGAGAAAGACAUCCACAACGAUAUGGUUUUCGGGGACGAGGAUUUGAUUCCCGGGAUGUACUACUUAGACGCUGUCCACUACUCCGUCAUUCACAGUUACAAAACGCUUCUUCUCCUCAGCUACGCGGCCAUCCGUGAUGAAUGGUUCACAACCAAGUUUCGUUUAGCGCUUGAACACGUGAAUGAAACGCAGGUUGAAAAAGUGGUCAUUAUAUUCUUGGAGCAUAUUGAUGAUAAAGAUCUUCCGUUUUUGGUUCGGGUGUUUUUAAGCAAAAAUAAACCUUAUUUGAGAUGGACAGACGAUGAAGCAGGGCGGGAAUAUUUCAAAGAAAGUCUCGUCAAAUCUGUAAAAGUCAAUAUGCGUUGUGAUAACACGAUUCCGGUGUAAAUGUGGGGGUACUAUAGUGGCGUACCGUGGGUAGAGGCAUGGGGGGGCAAUCCCAGGAAAAAUUUAAGUCACAAUAGCCAGGUAUACUGACAUAUUAGAGACAUUUUAACAUGUUUAAAACUGUGUCAUUUAAACUUAUAAAGGAUAUGUACACUGUUAAACAACCCGUGAUUUUACAGAGAAAUAAAAGAAGAUUUUGCAGAAAGCAAAUACAGAAUCAUUCUGUAA